AUGCAGAUGGCUGAGACACGUGACCUUAAGGAAGCGCAUGAAACAGGUAUUUUUGAUACAAAACCGGUUGAUGCGAAGAGUGAGGGACAGGCUCAACCGGAGGCCGAAUCUGACGGUGCCAGUAAUGGUGGUGCGGCUGUUGUGGCAACACCAGCUGCUACUCCUGUGGAAGGUGAGGCAGAUGAAUCUAUAGAUCCAGCUGCCUCUGCCACUGAACAGGAGCAGGAGCAGAAACAUGAGCUUAAAGAUGAAUCGGCUGCCGCUGAUACUCCCAAAUCUGAUAUGGUUCCAGCUCCAGCUCCUCCACAGGAGCCGGAUAUGAACAACCUACCGCAAAACCCGUUACCUCCACAUCAAAAGAAACAUGCAGUGACUGCUGUGAAAGCGGUAAAACGGUUAAAGGACGCUAAGCCCUUCCAUAAACCUGUAGAUCCCGUCGCAUUGAAUAUCCCAUUAUAUUUCAACUACAUCCCUCGUCCAAUGGACCUUUCUACAAUUGAAAGGAAAUUGAAUCUUGACGCUUAUGAGACCCCAGAACAAGUCACAGAUGAUUUCAACUUGAUGGUGAGUAACUGUAUCAAGUUUAACGGUGAUAAAGCUGUGAUUUCACAAAUGGCUAGGAACAUUCAGGCAUCUUUCGAAAAGCAUAUGCUAAAUAUGCCAGCUAAAGAUGCACCUCCUCAGCAACCUAAACGUACCAAGACUCAUCCCGACCAACCUGUCGUUAUCAGAAGGGCUCCUUCUAACUCUGGAAGGCCUAAGCGUGAAAUUCAUCCUCCAAAGACAAAAGAUAUUUAUCCUUACGAGAGUAAUAAACCUAAAUCAAAGAAGCAUCAAAUGGAAAUGAAGUUCUGUCAACAAGUGUUAAAAGAACUACUCUCGAAGAAAUACUCAUCGUUCAACUAUCCAUUCUUGGAACCCGUUGAUCCAGUGGCUUUGAAUUGUCCUACAUAUUUUGAUUUCGUGAAGGAACCUAUGGAUCUUGGUACCGUUCAAAAGAAGUUGAAUAAUUGGGAAUAUCAAACCUCUGAAGAAUUUGAACAUGACGUCAGAUUGGUCUUCAAGAAUUGUUAUGCUUUCAACCCAGAAGGUACCAUCGUUAACAUGAUGGGCCAUCGUCUUGAAGAUGUAUUCAAUUCUAAGUGGGCUGAUAGACCUGUGAUCCCUGAAGAAGAAAGUGCUGAUGAAGGUGGAGAAUCCGAAGAUGGAUACGAGUCUGAUGAGCCUUCUGAAGAGGAACAAAUAGAUGAAACUCAAAUUACUAACCCUGCUAUACAGUACCUUGAACAACAGUUGGAAAGAAUGAAAAUAGAAUUACAACAGUUGAAAAAACAGGAACUUGACAGAAUCAGAAAAGAGAGACGUGCGGCUAGAGCAAGCAUGAAACCAAAAAGGAAAGGUAAAGGUACCAAGAGAAAGGCAACUGCCAAUAGUAAAUCCAUGGGUAAAAGACGUAAGAAGAACUCGCUGAAGGUUGUUGUCACUUAUGAUAUGAAACGUACCAUUAGUGAAAGGAUCGGUGAUUUACCAGAAGGUAAACUCGAGAAGGCCGUCGAUAUCAUACGGAAAUCAAUGCCUGAAAUUGGUGCUGACGAUGAAGUUGAAUUGGAUAUUGAACAACUCGACGAAACCACCAUCUUGACGUUGUACAAUACCUUCUUCCGUAAAUAUGAUACUUCCAACAAUGGCUAUGCAGGAUCAGAUGAUGCCAUUUUGUCUGUACCAUCGGAAACAGAUCUAAGACACAAUUCUUUGUCACCAAACUCUUCAAAAUCAAAGGGGAAGCGUCGGAGAAGUAAGGCUUUAAGCGAAGAAGAACAAAACAAUCAGAUUGAACAAAUUAAGAAUAAGCUAGCUUCUUUCAACGCCAACUCUCCGAUGAGUCCAAAUACUUUGAACGCUCUCGCUCACCAACACCAUCAACAUCAACAUAAUGACAACUCGUCAUCUGAUGAUGAUAUGAGUAGCGAAAGUGAAGAAGAGUAA